GCAAUGACAUGACAUAAACAUUUUCAAAACAUUUCAUUCAAUUCUCUUUCACUUCACACACACACACUUUCACAUUUUUUGCAUUUCAUAAUUUUCAUUUAAUUUUCAUCUAUCUAUUUUCUUCUCUUUGAUUUUCUCUUUUUCUUUUUAAUUUUAAUUUCAAUUUUCAUUUUCUCCCACCAAAAAUUUGAAAAAACUAGAUCGAAAAUUUGAAAUUUCUAGGGUUUUUAUACGGCGAAAUUCGAACGGUGGCUCCUUCGCCGUGUGUUGGGGAAGGAGUUAUCCGAGAAAUGGAAAGUGGUGGGAGGAAAAUUAGUGUAAGUCCGAGAACUGGCCGUCGUGUGGUGGCGAAAAAGAAGCAGCUUCAUGGUGGUUUCGGUGAUGGGUUUAUUAACAGUGUUAGGAAGCUUCAAAGACGUGAAAUUUGUACCAAAAGUAUUCGUGGUUUUAAUAUCACUGAUGCUCAAGAACGAUUCCGCAAUAUUCGUUUGCAGGAAGAAUAUGAUACAUAUGAUCCAAAAGGUCCUGCUUCCGUUACAUUGCCAUUUUUGAGAAAAAGGUCAAAGAUUAUCGAAAUUGUUGCGGCUCAGGACAUUGUUUUUGCCCUUGCACAAUCUGGUGUGUGUGCAGCGUUUAACCGAGAGACCAAUGAAAGGAUAUGCUUCUUAAAUGUCAGUCCCGAUGAAGUUAUAAGAAGUUUGUUUUAUAAUAAAAAUAAUGACUCGCUUAUCACAGUUUCUGUCUAUGCAUCGGACAGUUACAGUUCUUUGAAAUGCAGAAGCACCAGGAUUGAAUAUAUAAGGAGGGUUCAACCAGAUGCUGGAUUUGCUCUUUUUGAAUCUGAGUCUUUGAAGUGGCCAGGUUUUGUAGAGUUUGAUGAUGUAAAUGGAAAAGUACUGACAUACUCUGCACAGGAUAGCAUAUACAAGGUGUUUGACCUGAAAAACUAUACAUUGUUAUACUCCGUUGCAGAUAAAAAUGUACAGGAGAUUAAGAUCAGUCCAGGGAUCAUGUUGUUGAUUUAUUCUAAAACAAGUAGCCACGUCCCACUAAAAAUCCUCUCGAUAGAAGAUGGUACUGUCUUGAAGUCAUUCAACCAUCUUAUUCAUCGGAAUAGUAAGGUGGAUUUUAUCGAACAGUUCAAUGAAAAGCUUCUUGUCAAGCAAGAAAAUGAGAACCUCCAAAUCCUUGAUGUACGGACUUUUGAGCUUACAGAAGUUAGUAAAACAGAAUUUAUGACGCCAUCUGCAUUUAUAUUCUUAUAUGAGAACCAAUUAUUCCUGACGUUUCGAAAUAGAACUGUGGCUGUGUGGAACUUCCGUGGAGAACUUGUAACUUCUUUUGAGGAUCACCUUCUGUGGCAUCCUGACUGCAAUACAAACAACAUAUAUAUAACCAGUGACCAGGAUCUCAUCAUAUCAUACUGCAAAGCUGAUUCUGAUGAGUCAUUAUCCGAAGGAAAUGCGGGUUCCAUCAAUGUCAGCAACAUUUUAACUGGCAAGUGUCUUGCGAAGAUAAGAGCAAGUAAUAGCUUUCCCGUGUCAAAGGAAUGCAACUGCGGCGACGAUUGUUCAAGUGGUGGUGAUUGUAAUUCAAGGAAGCGAAAGCAGAGCUCCAGAAUAAGGAGUACAGUUACAGAAGCCUUGGAAGACAUUACUGCUCUUUUCUAUGACGAAGAUCGCAACGAGAUCUAUACAGGCAACAGGCAUGGUCUUGUUCAUGUCUGGUCUAACUAAUGUAUUGUUGAAUAUGUUCUGACCUUGUUGUGAUUUCUUAUUUUCUUGUCUCCUUGACUGUGGUGAUAAUCCUGUCCUCACCUGCUUAUGAGGACUUUUAGAGGAACUGUAACCAUUAUGUGAUCUUGUAUCAUAUCGUUUUUUUCCUCGUCAUUUGUAUCUUAGGAAUGUUUAGGCUGCGGAUAGCAACAAAUCUGUAUUAAGCCACACUGUAUGCUGGUAACUUACAAUAUGUAUGUUUAUGUUGUACAAUAUAUAUAUAAAAAUAUGCGAGUAUUGCUCGCAACUUGAUUGUUUCUUUGA